CACUAACCCUACACAUCACCAAAGUUCUAAAGUAAAAAGUCUAAAAACUUUUUUUUCUUUCAUCGAUGUUUCAUUGAUUUGAUGAUCUGAAAAACAUGUAGAAAGGUUCAAUAUUUUGGGAGUUUUUCUCAUCUAUAAUGGCUCGUCCGCUUGUGCACUUUCUUGUUCUUCUUCUGGUAUUCCCUUUGCAAUAUAUGAUAACGUUAUUGGUCAGUAAUGGACCAGAAACAGUGGACACUAGCUCGAUAAACACGCGAAGACUUGUUGAGUCUUAUCGAGGUUUUUUUAAGAAAUGGUUGUUGCCCAAAACUUGGCUUAAUGAAUUCAAAAAUAUUUGGUCUUUACUCAACGACAGUCAAGGUGAAUGCGUGGCCAUUGAAGUAAUGAAGUAUAAAAGUGAAGAGGGAUAUUAUGGUAAUAAUCCUGAACCAAGACAUUUGAGACCUUCUAACAUCAAGUAUAGGGUUGGUCAGGUGUUUGUUCACAAUACUGCUGGUUAUCAUGGUGUUAUCAUUGGCUGGGAUGACCAUGCUCGAGCCUCCAAUGAUUGGUUGGAAGACCAAUAUGGUACACAAGUCACAGAGAAACAAACUCAACCUCAUUAUCUUGUAUUACCUGAUAAGUCUGAACAUCAUGAAGUAAAGAUGUAUGUUAGUCAAGAUGAUAUCAAAGUCGUCACUUCAAAAAAGAUAGAAAAUGAAAUUCUGAGUGAUUACUUUAAGGAGUUUAAUGGCAUCAUUUAUGAACCAAGGGAAUUCUUAAAACAUUUAUAUCCUCUUGAUUAAACAAAUUUCAACCAUAAAAACUAGAAAUAUGGCACUAAAUAGGUUGAGGAUGGAAUACAGAGUUGAACUAUUUAUUUAACCAGCAA